CGCAACUGCGAAAGAACCCCAUCGGUAUCAAGGACUUUUAACUCUUCCCCUCUUUCGACCUCGGAAGUCAUUCAGGUACCUCUUGAUCGAGCACCCGAAGACAACUUUCCAAUCUUGCGACUGCGGUAUCGCUACCGACUCGCCGUUUAAAUUAAACCAAGCUGUUCGUUGGUCGUUUUGCAGCUGCUAUCUAGCAUUUGGCAUAGUUGCUUUUGUCUAGUGUCGGAAGUACGUUUAGCCAGCCACUUUUAUAGCGGCCGUAACGGGCGCACAUCGGAACAUCGCCACUUCUGUCCAGCCUCAAAACUGCGAGUCUCACUGGCACGCUUCAGCUCUACCUCAGCUUGAUCUUUUCGGGCUUGCCGAUGAGCAGCUGUUUGUGGUUGUUGGUGUACGAUGGACUUGCCGCGAAUCUCGCUUCCUUCGAUUAACAUAUACGACUUUAACAAGGAUAGUGAGCCUCAAACUUCAAACCUGCCUGCACAGCCACUAGGAACGAUGUUUGGAAACUCCUAUCCAUCCCACGGGCCUAUGCCUAUUCGCAACAAUCUGACUCCGAAUUUCGCCCCUCCGCCACUACCACCGCCGCCCCGAAUUAGUGAUCUCGAAGACGGCUACGACGCUGGCUGGUUGCACGCGAAUUCCCGAGGAACGACAAAACUCGCCCCCAUUAAUCCUAGCUCGAGCCUGUUCGGUGGUCACCGCCGGCCUGAAGCAGUGUCGCUAAGUGAUCGCAUGGCUCUCGACGACUUAGACGGCCGGCAAAGUGGGUUCCCACUAUCCAGGAGCCCUGAAGCGCACAUUCGGAUUGAACCCCCACCGCCCAUGGACGAGGGCUUCCGGAAUGCGAUCUCUAUCAAAAGCCCAAGUCCAAUCUUGAAAGGAGAGCGAGACUUUUCGCGGAGAAGUGUGAAAGAUUCAUCAGAUGCGUACGAUCAGCACCUGCUGUCGAAAAUCGGAAAGCCACUCUCCCCGCGCCAGUCUAUCAGCGGUGGAAGCGAACCUAGAGCCACCCUUUCAACACUCACCAUUCCUACACGAAAUUUUGGCGGCAUCCCUUCGCCUGGAGGCUCGGACAGUUCGGCUCUCGACGUAAGAUGGCCUGGGCCUGGAAGCUAUCAAUCAGGGGGGGUCUCGCCUGGUACUAAGGUUGGGUGGAGGGAUUACAUUGGGGGCCGCAGCCCCAGUGUCGAGAGUAGCGCUCCGUCAUCUGCCGUCGAUCUUGACCAUUCAGGGUAUCUGCGGGAGGUAUACCGCCGUCGCGGUGGAACAACACCUUCAUACGAUGAGACGAUCAGUCUUCCCAGCCGCUCACACCGAGGUAGCUACGAUCAUGGCGUCUUUUCGGAUAUCGAAGGCGAUUUCUCCACGGACGAAUCGCUCCCGUCCCGCAUGGUUUAUCUUCGGGAAGCCACACCGCCGUAUUCGGAUGCUUCGAAAUCUUCGGGGUUGAAAAGAAGAGCAUCAUCUCCUCCUCGUGAGCCGAUGGGUGACGAUCGAAAUCGACUUCAUAUCAUCACCAGCAACGGGGAUCUCACUCAACGAAGAACUAGUGGUCAACCGUACACGAACAAUUUGACCGUCACUUCUGGUUAUGUUGCCGGUCACGGGAGCCAUUCGGCGGCCUCAUCGUUGAGCAUACGGACUACCGGAUCUUACUCGUCGGCGGGACUAUCUGUGGGAGGCAGUAGCAUGACCAGCUAUGAUCGUUCUCCCGGAGGGCUUUCACCCAAGUCUGACCUUGAUACCUUUCACGACAAGUCUAUCAUGAAUCCGACUUCACCCGCUCACAUGGUUGCACCACCAGUCGCACGAGUCAUCCAGGGACCUAGCAUUAUUGAACCUUCGAGUGUCGAAACUGCGCGCAAAAUGUCUUUGCAGACGAAUCAUCCUGCACCGAAGCCUACAGGACCCAAGCUUGGCGGAUUGUACAUUUGCGAUUGCUGUCCUAAGAAGCCGAAGAAAUUCGAUAGCCCCGAGGAGCUCCGGUAAG